AUGGCUUCCGUACCUGCCGCCCGGGCCCUUCCUGGUGGCCAUCUCGACAAGAGGGAGCUCGGCGCCAGCAUCGAUGACAUCCCCCUCGUCCAGUCGCGCGAAACCGGCGACAUAAUUCCCGAGACACUGCAACCCGGUCCCGCUGUGCAGGGCGGGAAAGGCACGCCAUUUGCAAAGUCAUGGCCGCACAUGGUGGCAGGAGGCAUCGGCGGCAUGACUGCAGCCGCCCUGACGGCGCCCCUUGACGUACUCAAGACACGACUACAGUCCGACUUCUACCAAUCCCAGCUGCGCGCCUCUCGCGCAGCAGCCGUCCAAGGGUCUGCCACCGGCGUCGCCACCGUCAUGAACCCCCUGCGCACCGUCGCCUACCACUUCAACGAGACGGCACAGAUUCUGGCCGGCGUAUACCGGCAGGAGGGCGCGCGCGCAUUGUUCAAGGGCUUGGGGCCGAACAUGAUCGGCGUGGUGCCGGCGCGGUCCAUCAACUUUUUCGCCUACGGCAACAGCAAGCGCCUUAUCGCCGAGAACCUCAACGACGGUCGCGACACGGCCUGGGUCCAUUUGUCGUCCGCUAUAAUUGCUGGCAUCACAACCAGCACCGCGACCAACCCCAUAUGGAUGAUCAAGACGCGCUUGCAGCUCGACAAGAACGUGGCCGCCGAGGCCAAUGGCGGCGUCGCCGCCAAGCGCCGUUACAAGAACAGCUGGGACUGCAUCCGCAAGAUCUUGCGAGACGAGGGUAUCCGCAGCCUCUACAAGGGCAUGAGCGCUAGCUACUUGGGCGUGGCCGAGUCCACCCUGCAAUGGGUAUUGUACGAGGACAUGAAGCGCACCCUGGCCCAGCGAGAGGAGCGCGUCCUCCGCAGCGGCCUCCCUAAGACUUGGUGGGACCACACGGUUCAAUGGACCGGCAAGGUCUUUGCUGCUGGCGGCGCGAAGCUCGUCGCCGCCGUCCUGACCUACCCGCACGAGGUCGCCCGCACCCGUCUCCGCCAGGCGCCUAUGGCCGACGGCCGGCCUAAGUACACGGGGCUCCUCCAGUGCUUCAAGCUCGUCUUCAAGGAGGAGGGCAUGGUCGGCCUGUAUGGAGGAAUGACUCCGCACCUGCUCCGUACCGUUCCGAGUGCCGCCAUCAUGUUCGGUAUGUACGAGGGCAUUCUGCGCCUGCUCGACACGCCAGCUUGA